ACCACAUACAAACACACCCUUUCUCUCUUCUUCCCCUUCGAUCCAUCGCCUUUUUCCCCUUUCCUAACUCAAUUCUUCUCAACAAUUCACUCCCCCAAGAUUCUCAAUACUUUCAUGAAGCUUGCUACCAUUGAUUCAUAGCUCCGCUGUAAUCGACGGCUCCGAUUUUUACUCCGGCACGCUAAAUUCAACCAAAAAGGUCCUGACUGAAAAAGACUCGAUGUUUAUCUCUUAUCUAAACUAGAGUCAGCUGAAGUUCAAGAGAGGAGUGCAGAUACCAAGGAAUUGAAUGCAACCAAGAUGGAAUUGAACUUACCAUGAUGGACAAGCCAUCUGACACUUUAGAGUUGACAAAUGACACCGACAGUAGAAACCAGACAUCACUAUCUAAUCGAGAAAGAAACUCGGAGUCUAUAAUAGUUAAGGAGUUGCAUGAUAUGCAUCAAAGGCAAAGUCCUGAUGGUGGGAUCCAUGUCUCACAUUCCAAUCAAGAAAGAAGUUCCACCUCAGUGAUACUCGACAAAGAGUCUGACAGUCAAAAUUACAGACAGGACCUUCAUACUGGGUGUGCGGUGUCAGAAUCUGAUCAAGAAGGAAGUGCACUCCCAGUAGUACCGAAAAAAGUAUCAAACACUUCGCAGCAAACUCCUCCAGGUGCUGGCGUUCCUGCAUCUAAACCUGAUCAAGAAAAUGCUAUUGUGGUGUUAAGGCCUGAGAAAGGGCUGGAUAAAUUACCACUGAGACGCAAUGCUGACAGUGUCUCCCAUGCAUCACAUUCUGAUCAAGGUAUCUCUUUCUCAAAACUACCUGAAAAACCUACGGGGGAUGGAUAUAAUUGGAGAAAAUAUGGUCAAAAGCUUGUGAAAGGGAAUACAUUUGUCCGCAGCUAUUACAAAUGUACAUCCGCUAAUUGCCCUGCAAGAAAACAAGUGGAACGAUCGCAUGAUGGGCAUAUAACGGAAAUAAAUUACUUGUGGAAGCAUGAACAUCCCAAACCAAAUACACUUCAAAAAGGCUCGGGAUUUGUUCUGCCUGUUCAAUCAAAAGGAUCUGAUGACCCUUCUUUGACCACAUCUGAAGACCAUUCAUCUGUGCAUCCCGCGACGUCUCAUGAUCCCGAGGCAUCAGAAACCGACACCCUUCAGCUCUCAGUGGUUCCUCCAAGUGAGAAUUCCGUCGAAGUUGCAGCUUCACAGUCAAAUGAAAUAAAAAAUGAGGUUAAUAACGAUAUUUCAUCGGACUCAAAGAGACAGAAGAGAGAGAAUUCUAGCAUCAAUGAAGGUGUUUCAACUAAGACAAAUUGUGAGCCGCGAGUAGUUGUUCAGAUAACAAGUGCAGUUGAUAUUGUAAAUGAUGGGUAUCGGUGGCGCAAAUAUGGGCAGAAAUUAGUGAAAGGCAAUCCCAAUCCGAGGAGUUAUUACCGUUGUUCAAGUGCUGGUUGCCCUGCCAAGAAACACGUAGAACGGGCAUCCCACGAUGAAAAAGUGGUGAUUACAACUUACGAGGGACGACAUGAUCAUGAUAUGCCUGCUGGUGGUCGGGCUGCUACUCAAAACAUACCAGGAACCGCCACUGGCACAACAACAUCGAUGGACAACAACGAUGGAUCAAGACCUCAACCAGAAGCACAAGAAUCUAAUGGUAUGGAAAUGGUUCUUAAUGUUAGUGCUACUUGAGACUAACGACCGCUGACUCUAAAUAACAAAGUUCGGGGUGUAGGUUAUGUUCCACGGUUUGUCUAUUGUUCGAUUCGACACGUAGUAAGUCACAUAGUGUUGGUGUAUAGCCAUAAAUCUUUAUUAUUGGCAGAUUGGGAUGAGCUAUAGAUAUAUAUAUCAUUGGACAAGCUUUUUUUCUUCUUUAUAUUUGAUUUCAUUUAGUUGAAUAGCAGAAGGUGUUGAGUUUGACUUGUGAAAUCAGCCAACACCACUUUGCAG